AUACACAGAUCAGUUUAGUUUGGAUCAUGCAUGUGAGCGGACUGCAUUGCAUCUUGUAAUGUUUGUAAUAUUUUCAUUCGAUUUGUGAAAUGUAAGAUAUAUUUUCUUUCGACGAAGGAAAGGUUCAACACGCAAUCGGGUUUUUGUUUUGUUUUUAUUUGUUAUCGUUUCUAUCCGAGAAGCAAAAUUAUUAAAAAAAAAAAAUUGGUGCGCAAUUUAAUUUUCCAUUCAAUAAAAAAGCAACCACGAUUCAACUACGAGAAUAAUAACUUGAACUUAUAGACGGUUUUUAAUAAGGAAAUCCGGAGAAAAUCAGUGUCGUGUGACUAAUUGUUUGUGUAACGCUACCUUAAACUUAUACGUACACUCUUUCGAAUUUGAUUUUAUUUGAGUUUUUUUUCUGUUUCUUUCUUUAAUUUGGAUUUACGUGGCUUUCUUUUACGGAAGAUUUACAUUUUAUUGUCUAAUGAACAAUUGAAAAUUAAAUUUUUGGCUGUGGGAAUGUGAGAAAAAUUUCAAUAAGUCAUUGACUGUUAUACAUGCCUCGCGUAAUUACCCAUUUUCGGUUCAAGUGAAAAGUAAAUUUAUUUCGAAUUAUAUUGAACAAAGGAUACACCAUCAACCCAACAAUAUAAUUCGAAAAUUAGAGUUUUUCGACUCAACUAAAAAAAAACGGAAGACGAAAAGAAAUACUCAACAUCUGCCCUUGUAGCAGCAGCAUACACACACCGUCUGUUCAAUUUCACUACAUUCUCGGAACGAUCCAAUAGGCCAAUAUGCAAGUCGAAACAGGCCUACCGAAAUGGUCUGGACGUGUCCCUCCAUUAGAUUUAACGAACGUCAGUGUUUGUCCAAGUGAAACGGAAAAACGAUGGCACAAAAUACAGCCGAUUUCAAAGAAAAAUUACGACAACAGAAUAGGAACUGACGGACUUCCCAUAGAUCCCAGAGAUUGGACCCGUGCAGACGUAUGGAAAUGGUUAACCAAUUUAGCCCUGUCCGAGGGAUUACAACCGUCACCAGAACUGGCACAAAAGUUUCCGAUGAAUGGCAAAGCUUUGUGUUUGAUGACGCCGGACAUGUACUUGGCUCGGGUUCCGAUUGGCGGCAAAAUGUUGUAUCGUGACUUUCGAUGUCGACUGGCCAGAGCAUUAAAUCUGUCGUAAAAUUCGGUUCUAACGGCUAUCCAGCAACGACGCAAUUAUAAAGGAUGACCUACGGUUAAUGUGGUCUUAUAAAUAGUAAAAUGAAUGUCAAAACAAGUGAAGUAAAAGAUUUGUAUUAAACACUCGGCGAUAUUUUUAAACGAUGGAAGUAACAGUGUAAAUGAUU